AUGGCCCAGCUCUCCGAUCUGUACGAGGCCUACGUCCACCCGCUCCUCCCGUCGCCGAUCCAGACCCUCUCGUCGCACGUCGCGCCUCUGAUCGGGGCCGGCGUGGCCGCCGCGUCCAACGGAGACAUGGUGUCGCUCGCCGCGUUCGUGGCCACGCUGUACUUCUCGCUCCGCAUCGCAGACUACAUCCGCCGCAGCGUGUUCGGGUGGGUGGUGUUUGUGCUGAAGUUGGUGGUGCUGCUGGCCCUGGUCAAUGUCGUCGUCUAUGUCAAUCGCUACGGCUGGGACCGCGCCCUGCGCGAUGCAGAAUGGCUCCUCGGUUUUGUUGGGGGCUUCGUCCAGAACAUGGUGAGCGGAGACAAUAAUGAUGGGAAUAAGGCGCCGGCAUGGUACUCAAACUCGAAGGCGGGCUCGGGCGCCUACGCUGCACGCAAUGGUCCCUGGAGUGCCUACGGAGGUGCCGGCUCGAGGCCGCAGGUUCCUGUGGGUCGAGGAGGAGGAGGAGCUAGAAAGAGAGCAGGAGGUUGGACUUGA